AUGGAUCAUCGUCUUGAGCGCCAAACUCAGCAAGGCCGUGCAAGCACUCGUUCAGAAACUCUAACGCCCGUUCUCAUUCCCACCAUAGACAAGGUCGAUGCUUUUGCCACACCUGUAGUUGACAGUUCCAACCUGAGUCCAACUAGGCAGGGUGACAAUAUGGACAGCAGUCACACCCCCGAUACGUCUGACGAAGACGUUCCUAAAGAGCACAAAACCAUUGUGUUCUUGCCGCCGCCUCAAUAUCCAGCUAUUCAAUUCGACAUUGCCGGCCACGCAACCUGGGGUGAUAAUGCGUACAGUUUGAUUCCUCAAACGCAGAACCUGGUUGAAGCUAUCCGACUGAGACGCCAUGACCAGGAUCGUUUACUCCGUCAGAGGAUUCUUACUGUUGAGAACUCUUCUGUCUGGUUCGGAAUGCGUCUCCCAGCAGGCGUCAAGCAAAGGGAUUUCCUGGCUGCCCCAAAACCGUCGGUUAAUCGUGCCCGCCGUCAAGUCGUUGCCAUUGACUGUGAAAUGGUCGGAGUCAACGCUGGCAAACCUGGAGAGAACUGGGAAAGAAGCGAGUUGGGUCAAAUUUGUGCAGUCGAUGUCUUGACCGGCGAGAUUCUCGUAAACAUGCUGGUGCUUCCUGCAGAGAGAGUCAUCAACUGGCGCAAGAGAUUCAGUGGUCUCUCAUAUCCCGCCAUGAUUCAAGCCGACAAGGAAGGCAGACUCCUUCGCGGAUGGAAGGCAGCUCGUACAAAGCUUUGCAGCUACAUCGACACCAAUACAAUCAUUAUUGGACACAGCGUGGAGAAUGACCUCCAUAUGCUACGCCUCGCGCACAGCAACAUUGUGGACACCUCCAUUCAGACGGCCGAGGCUGUAUUUGGCGACAAGCUGAGCUUUGACAGGAUCUGGAGCCUCAAGGAUCUAGCCAAGGCACUUCCCAAGAUCAACAUACAGAACAGCAGACAGGGACACGACUGUGUCGAGGACACCCUGGCCACGCGAGAGGUGGCCUUGUGGGCCAUUUGCUACCCCGAACAGCUUGCCGCUUGGGCUGCGCAGAUGAGAAUUGAUUUGAAGAAGAAGAGAAUGGAGCUCGAGAAGAAGCUUAAGGAGCAGGCCAAGAAGAGGGCAGCAGAAAAGAGGAUGCUAGAGGAGGCCGCUAUGCAGCAAGUCGACUCGACGAUGUCUCAGUUGGUCCUAGCAUAG